AUGAGCAGAGGAAAGUAUUCUAAUUCCAUCCCGGUCGAUCUCAUUAUGGAGAUAUCCUCGAGAUUGCCUGCAAAGUCAAUCACGAGGUUUUGUUGCGUAUCGAAGCUAUGGAGUUCCAUGUUUCAUAGUCCAUAUUUCAAAGACUUGUUCCUGACCAGAUCCUCCAAACGUCCACGUCUCUUAUUCCUCAUCAAAGAAACUCAUAACGGUGAGUGGCUCUUCUUCUCGUCGCCUCAACCUCAUAAUCCAUGUGAGAAGUCAUCUCUUGUAGUUUCCGCUGGUUUUCGUUUGAGGUCUUCUAAAGAAUUGUCGCGGCUGGAGUUUCGUGGCUAUGCCUCUGGUUUGUUCUGUUUCACACAUCAUAUGUGGAUCUCUGACAAUGAAAAGAGUAUAGUGAAUGUGAUAUGCCCUAGCACAGCACAGCGUGUGAGCUUACCUAGACUGACAAGUGACGAUAAGUCGACAAGCUUUCUAGGGUUUGAUCCUAUUGGCAAGCAAUUCAAGGUACUGUCCAAUCAUAAAAUUCUGACAUUAAAAGCUGAAAAUAUGGAGUGGAGGAAGACCCGAUAUUGUUCCUUAACCCAUGAUCCUAAGUCCGAACCGAUAUGCAUCAACGGAGUUUUGUAUUACUUAGCUCAAGACUCUUCGACGAUAGUUUGCUUUGAUGUUAGGUCUGAAACAUACAAACUCAUUAAGUCAAAAGGCCAUGAGCCUAAAUUGAUAAACUAUAGAGGUAAAUUAGGUGGGGUUCAUUGGAAUUAUUAUGCUUACGGUGGUAUAAGUACUACCAUUGAGCUGCAUCUAUGGAUUCUAGAGGAUGCAGAGACACAAAAAUGGCACAACUAUUUUUACACUUGGCAUGAUAAUAGAUUCGUUGACCGCAAUGAUGUUUACGUCGCUGGAGUGACAGCUACAGGUGAAAUUGUGGUGUCGACGAGACGUAUACGUGUACCGUUUUGUGUUUUAUUCAUCAAUCCAAAAAAGAACACUUUCCAAAGUGUUGAACUUGAAGGCUUUGAAGAUAUGUUAGACAUUAAGAACAAUGAAGUUUACGCCUUUGUAGACCAUGUAGAGGAUCUCAAGUUUGAUGUUGUGAAGACGACAUAUGAUGCAACGUCUACAAGCCCUCCCGAAGAGAAGCAUAAACCUUAG